AAACAGUUUGACAAUCAUAUCAGUGCGAAGAGUCGACCUUACUUUCAAUCUAACCUCUGAAUUUGUUCUAAGCUGUGAGAUUUCCGUGACAAAUUCCUGCAAUAUGUUACGAAAAUUGAUUGUAUCAACUGGUUUUGUAAAAUCGCACGCAUUGAAUGCGAGAUGGAUGUCAGUAUACCCACCUUAUUAUAUUGAACCGAUUGUGAAGAAAGAGGACCAAGAGCGUUUAAAAGAGGAGAAUACAUUCAAAGAACUAGCGCAUAAGAAAAUCAAGGCAGCCAAAACGAAUGUCACGUCAUCAUCACUUCAAGAUCCAGUUGUAAGCAAGUUCAUCAACUAUAUCAUGGAAGGUGGCAAAAAGGAACUGGCGCGUGAAGUGCUUGAAAAAGGUUUCCAAAAUAUCAAACGCUCGCAAUUGGAACGGUACAAUUUGGCGAAAACGGACGAAGAACGUGAAGCAAUCGAAUUGAAUCCACGAGUGUUGUUACAUCAAGCUAUUGAGAAUUGUCGACCAUUGAUGCGACUGGUGAAUGUUAAACGAGGCGGCACCAAUUAUAAAGUUCCAAUUCCAAUCACUGAAAAACGAUCGUAUUUUAUGUCAAUGAAAUGGUUGGUCGAAGCCGGAAAUGAUAAAGCACAACCGGUACGUUUUGCAGAUAAAAUUGCAUGGGAAAUCAUCGAUGCGGCCAAUAAUACUGGUCGUGUGAUCAAAAGGAAACAGGAUUUACACAAAGAAUGCGAAGCCAAUCGAGCAUACGCUCAUUACAGAUGGCUCAGUUAGUUCGAUCGUUGUCAGUUCUUUUUUUGUUGUAAAUUAAUAAGAUGAAUAAAAAAUAGCGCUUCUGUAAAAGA